AUGAUCAUAUGUAAAACAACCGAAAGAUUAGUAUCAAAUAAGGUUAUGAAUAUAUCAUGGAACGAAUCAGCCGUAUUGAUUGAUAGGAAAUCAAAGUUUCAAGCUCGUUGUUGUAGAAUAAAAAACCAAAAUGAUAUCCCAAUUCUUUUACAGAAUCUCAUUAACACAAAUAAAAAUGUAAGUAAAGCAUCACAUAUACAUAUGUUUGCUUGGAGAACAGGCGAACUCUCUGUCCAAUCUAAUGUUGAAGACAAGGCCAAAUCAAAGAGGAAGAAUACAAAGAAAAAAACCCAUGAUCAUCCAAAUGAUGUGAUAAAAAAUAUUCAGCAAGGUUCAUCAGAUUGUGGAGAGGCAGGUGCAGGUCAAAGAUUAUUAACUUUAUUGGAGCGUUCUAAUAUAGUAAACGUUUUAGUGAUUGUGACUAGAUGGUACGGUGGGACGCCUUUGGGAUCUGCUCGCUUCAGGCAUAUUUCAUCAACCGCGGUGGAAAGUUUGAAAAAAGGCGGAUUUUUAACAUAA